AUGACCGGAUACAAGAAACCCAUCGGCUUCUCCGAGAGGAGAGGGAGUCUCUUAGCCGAGGAGCUCAUGCUCAACACCGCCCCCGACACAGUUAUGGACCACGUCGACGACAAAGUGCCCACGCAACGGCACCCCAAAGGGCCGCCCACGCCCAGCAUGUCCACACCUGCUGCCGACUUUGAUCAGCAGCUCACCGGCUCGCCGCCACCGCCGCCUACGCCAGCCGCCUCGCCCGGCCCGUCACAUUACCAGCCUGACUGGAGUGACGCCGCAGAUGAUGAGGACUUCUUCCUUGCCAAGGUCCGCCAGCACUUCAAGAAUUGCUCCGGCCCGCAGCGUACAAGAGUCCUCGCCGAUCUGCUCAACCUUUGCACCAGUCAGCAGCUGAGCUUUGUGCAUCAGUUUGUCAGUCCACUGUUGAAAAAAGAUCCAUUUACAAGUCUUCCCGAUGAGCUGUGCCUCAGAAUAUUGUCCUUCAUCGACGAUCCCAAAGUCUUGGCCCGCGCUUCCCAAGUCUCCAAAAGAUGGCGUGAUCUCCUCAGCGACGAUAUGACGUGGAAGAAUCUCUGUGUCAAGCACGACUACGGACGACGGUUAUCGGAAGUGUACGCUGCCUCGGCCAUCCCAACCCGGCCUACCGCUCAAAUACCCGCGACCGAUUCCGAAAUGGCGAGCAGCUUCUCCGGUGCCAUGCCGCUCAUGGGCCAUCACACCGGCUCGCGUAGUAUGGACGGAUUUCCCCGCCGGCCCAAACUACGAACCUACAAGUCGCACUUCAAGCAACGAUAUCUCGUCGAAGCCGCAUGGCGGUCCGGUGGCACCAGUACCGUAAAGAAUAUAACACAAGAGGGUGGCGUCGUCACCAGUCUGCACCUUACUCAAAAAUACAUCAUCGUUGCUCUUGAUAAUGCCAAGAUUCACGUCUUCGACACAGACGGCAACUCCCAGCGUACACUCCAGGGCCAUGUCAUGGGCGUCUGGGCCAUGGUUCCCUGGGGCGACACCAUGGUCAGUGGUGGCUGCGAUAGGGAUGUCCGCGUUUGGAAUCUCAAGACUGGUGCCUGUCUGCACACUCUACGAGGACACACAUCUACUGUCCGCUGUCUGAAAAUGGCCGACGAACAUACAGCAAUCUCCGGCUCGCGCGAUACGACGCUCAGAAUCUGGGAUAUCAGAACAGGCCUUUGCCGUAAUGUACUAUUGGGGCAUCAGUUGAGCGUCCGCUGUCUCGAAAUCAAGGGAGACAUUGUUGUGUCUGGUAGCUACGAUACAUUCGCCCGUGUUUGGAGCAUCUCGGAGGGGCGGUGCUUGCAGACUCUGCAGGGGCAUUUCAGUCAGAUUUAUGCCAUUGCUUUUGACGGCAAGCGCGUGGUCACGGGCAGUCUGGAUACCAACGUCCGUGUAUGGGACCCGAGAACUGGCGAGUGCCUCGCUAUUCUUCAAGGCCAUACCUCCCUGGUGGGCCAACUACAAAUGCGCGGAGAUACACUGGUUACUGGCGGCUCAGAUGGCUCCGUCAGAGUAUGGUCACUGGAAAGGAUGUGUCCCAUCCACAGGCUUGCAGCGCACGACAACAGCGUCACGAGCUUGCAGUUUGAUGACACCCGAGUUGUCAGUGGUGGUAGCGACGGUCGCGUCAAGAUCUGGGAUCUCAAGACUGGCCACCUCGUGCGCGAGUUGAUAUCUCAGGGCGACGCCGUCUGGCGUGUUGCCUUUGAGGAGGAAAAGUGUGUCGCGAUGGCACUGCGGAAUGGCCGCACUGUCAUGGAAGUUUGGUCCUUUUCUCCACCGGAGGAGAUGCUUUACGACCGACCGCUGUCUCUACAUCAUCAUGUGCUGCAAGAUGAACCCAGCCGCCCGCUUAGUGCCCUGGCCUUUAGAUAUCAUGAUAUUGAGUCAGGCGAGUCGAGUCGAGCCUCAUUGAGUCAAGACGUGGAUAUGGAAGAUGUGUCACUCUCUACGGCCUCGAUACCAGAGAGAGACUUGCCACCGCAACUCGAGAAUUUAAUGGGCGACAUGGCCUAG